AAGUGCUUGUCUGUCUGUUGACAUUGUGUGUCUUUACAGUGGUGUUCCUGCUGUGGUAGACUUCGCUGCCAUGCGGGAUGCCGUGAUGAAGUUGGAUGGUGACCCAGAAAAGAUUAAUCCAGUUUGUCCUGCUGACCUCGUUAUUGAUCACUCCAUCCAAGUGGACUUUAACAGGAAGUCUGACAGCCUUCAGAAGAACCAGGAUUUAGAGUUUGACCGCAAUAGAGAAAGAUUUCAGUUUUUGAAGUGGGGGUCCAAAGUCUUCAAGAACAUGCGGAUCAUUCCUCCCGGUUCAGGAAUUGUUCACCAGGUCAACCUGGAGUAUUUGGCCCGGGUGGUGUUUAAUUACGAUGGCUUCUUCUACCCAGACAGUCUGGUGGGCACAGACUCCCACACCACCAUGAUUGAUGGACUGGGUGUUCUUGGCUGGGGUGUUGGGGGCAUUGAAGCAGAAGCUGUGAUGCUGGGGCAGCCAAUAAGCAUGGUGCUUCCUGAAGUGGUGGGAUACAAACUGCAUGGUACACCAGACAAGCUCAUCACCUCCACUGACAUCGUCCUCACUGUGACUAAGCACCUCCGUCAGGUGGGUGUUGUGGGGAAGUUUGUGGAGUUUUUCGGCCCAGGUGUGGCCCAGCUAUCCAUUGCUGACAGAGCCACCAUUGCUAAUAUGUGUCCCGAGUACGGAGCCACAGCGGCUUUUUUCCCAGUGGAUGACAUCAGUGUGAAGUACCUGGAGCAGACUGGACGGGAACCAGAAACUCUGGCCUACAUUACCAAGUACCUGAAGGCAGCAGGCAUGUUCAGAGACUACAAUAAUAUUGCCCAGGAUCCAGAUUUCACUCAUGUAGUACAGUUAGACCUUGGCACAGUGGUUCCUUGCUGCAGUGGUCCCAAAAGGCCACAGGACAGGAUUCCCGUUUCUGAAAUGAAAACGGAUUUUGAAUCUUGUUUGGGAGCAAAGCAAGGAUUUAAGGGUUUCCAGGUGGCACCUGAACGCCAUAGCACUGCGGUCACCUUCCAAUUCAGUGGGAAGGAGUAUACUCUGGGCCAUGGCUCAGUAGUCAUUGCUGCUAUCACCAGCUGCACCAACACCAGCAACCCAUCUGUCAUGCUUGGAGCAGGGCUUCUUGCUAAGAAAGCAAUAGAGUAUGGUCUAAAUGUGAAGCCGUACAUAAAGACAAGCCUGUCACCUGGCAGUGGAGUGGUGACCUACUACCUGAAGAAGAGUGGCGUCAUGGACUUCAUGUCUCAGCUGGGCUUUGAGGUUGUUGGCUAUGGCUGCAUGACGUGUAUUGGAAACAGUGGUCCACUCCCUGAUUCAGUGGUGGAGGCCAUAACUAAGGGGGAUCUGGUUGCUGCAGGGGUCCUGUCUGGAAACAGAAACUUUGAAGGGCGAGUCCACCCCAACACCAGAGCCAACUAUCUGGCUUCGCCACCACUUGUUAUAGCUUAUGCAAUAGCUGGCACAGUGAGAAUAGACUUUGAGAAGGAACCUAUUGCUGUUAACUCAGAAGGCAGACAAAUCUUCCUCAGGGAUAUCUGGCCCACUCGAGAUGAGAUCCAGGCAGUGGAGAGAACAUUUGUCAUUCCAUCAAUGUUCAGAGAAGUCUAUGACAAAAUUGAGAAAGUGAAUGAUCGUUGGAACUCUCUGGUGGCUCCUUCUGAUAAGUUGUACACCUGGGAUGAUAAAUCAACCUACAUCAAGUCACCACCAUUCUUUGAUGGAUUGACCAUGAAGCUGUCGCCUCCUGAGUCUAUAAAAGAUGCCUACGUUCUGCUGAACCUGGGUGACUCUGUCACAACAGACCACAUAUCUCCUGCGGGAAACAUUGCCAGGAACAGCGCUGCAGCACGCUACCUCACUGAGAGAGGUCUGACUCCUAGAGAGUACAACUCGUAUGGCUCUCGGAGAGGUAACGAUGCAGUCAUGGCCAGAGGGACGUUUGCCAACAUCCGCCUCUUUAACAAGUUCCUUGACAAGCAGGCACCCCAAACCAUUCACCUUCCUACUGGAGACACGCUUGACGUGUUUGAUGCAGCCGAGAGAUACAGGCAGUCCGGUGUCCCGCUGCUAGUUCUAGCUGGGAAGGAGUAUGGCUCAGGGAGCUCCAGGGACUGGGCCGCAAAGGGCCCGUUUCUCCUGGGCAUCAAGGCUGUUCUAGCAGAGAGUUAUGAAAGGAUCCACCGCAGUAACCUGGUUGGGAUGGGGGUGAUCCCCCUGGAGUAUCUGCCUGGAGACACAGCUGCCAGCCUGGGGCUGAGUGGCCGAGAGCGCUACUCCAUCUUCAUCCCCCAGCAGCUCACCCCCCGCAUGACUGUGGAUGUGGAGCUGGACACAGGGAUGACGUUCAAAGUGCGCAUGAGAUUCGACACCGACGUGGAGCUGACUUACUUCCGCCAUGGAGGAAUUCUCAACUAUAUGAUCCGCAAGAUGUUACAAAACUGAUCUGUCAUUAGAUUCUCAGCUGUAAGCUCACCUGGAGAAUAAUCAUGUCUAAAGGUGCUCCGAUCAGUUGGCCAGAGUUGAAGUUAGCUGAUAUUCCUUUGCUUGGUUCUGAUCGGUGAGCAGCAAGCGAAAUACUGGAAAAUCCAUCCUUAUUUUUAUUAUCAUUUCUAGUCUUUUAAAUGCAACAAUAUUAAAAAUAUCUACCAUUAUAAACAUAUAAAUGCAUCAACUCAUAAUGUGAACUUUGUUUAGAGUAUAAAUCAGAGGAAGCAUUGUAAGCAUAAAUAUGCUGCACAAUAUAUCAGCACUAACAUCUGUAUCGGCCAAUAUUAGUCAUUUUUUUAUAUAUGGAUAUCUUGUUGCUGUUUGCUUCAGGGGAGUUGGGGGCUGAGGUGGAGUUUGGUCAUGUGACACUGAUAGUGACGCAGCAAAGGUUUAGUAGUAGUUAGUAGGGAAGUUAGUGGUGUGGUUGAGGUUUUUUUUAAAGGUUUCAAAAGGCAAGUAAAAUAGAACUCUUUCAUGACAUCACAUCUUCUUGGUCGAUACAAAAUUGACCCUAUAAAAUAUCACCACAAACUAUGCAUAAUUUUAUUACUUGUUUUGUGGUGUGGAAUGUCAAGUGAAAGCACUUAGUGAUGUGUGGAUUCUCACUCUCAUUCUCUUAAAGGAACAUGACCCAAACUGUGAUUACCCAAGAACUAUUAUCUGUCUCCAUUGAGCCUUUUUCAUGAUCGUUUUUCGGGACCAAGCUAAGCAUUGUAGAAAAAUAUUGGAUGGAUGUAAUGUGAGCAGGUUAAGUGCUGUGCUGAUGCUAACAGAAGGAUGGAAUGUGAUUAACACUGUUAAUCCCACAAUGUUUCUGUAAGACAUUUCUCUUUCUCAGUAAUUGCCUUACUCUCUCAAUGAUGCUUUGCUCUUGUGCCUCUGAAAUUGUUUGUAUGGUUACAUCAAUGUACUUCAACGUAAGGACUCCAGAUAAAAGUAAAACCUAAAGUGACUUA